AUGGGGCGACUACGAGGUUCCGUUGUGGUGACUGGGUUUGCUGCCGCGCUUUCGAUGGUGCUGGCGCUCCUACAAGUUCAACCGGUCUGCGGGCAAGACAAUGGGCCGCCUCUCGGGGAGGAUGCGCAGAAGUUGCAGACUUGCGACAGGGACAAACAAUCCAAGGGCGGGCUGUCAUUUCACAUUCAGUCCGGACAGGACCGAGUAUCCUUUCGGUGCGCAACUGCGGAAUACACAGAACUUGAGCCGGCCUUUUCAAAUCAAUCCCAAGACGUUUGUCUAAACUCGAACUGCAGCAGCAGCAACAAGCUGGACCUGCAAUGCCCUGGUGCUAUACUGACCGAUAUAUCGGCGCACCAGCAAGACGGAGGAAAGGCGUACCAACUCACUGUGCCACCGCACGGUCGUCCGGAAACGACUCUUUACUACAGAUGCAAAGCCCCAGCCAAACCGGACAAACUUGACCUCCUACAGAAAAGGACAGAGAGGCGACUGAAGACGGCGAGGGAACUAGGAGACGUAGGGGAAGCAGGAAAACCAGGACAAGAAGGGAGACUUGGAGCAGGAACAGAAGACACCAGACGUGGACCAGAAGAAGAGGAAGCAGGCGGCCCAGGGGAGACUCACCCAUCAGUCUCGACUGAAACAGCGUGCCUGGUCACGAUAAAGGUCGACCGAACCUUUCCGGUGGAGCCCUCGGAAAAGCCGAACAAUCCUGACGCACAAGAAAACCCCCCGGCGCCACAAAGGCAGCCCGAGAAAGUCACAGAGUGUAGCGCUGAGACUGUCAAGGCGGACCUCUCGACUGACAAGCCUCUCCAUUUCAGAUGCAAGAAAGGCCAAGAGCUUCGGCCGGCAUCCGCCACCAAGGUAUACGACGACAGCGAUCGAAAGUGCACCAACGAGGUUGAGCUCGCCUCCCUCCUGAAGGCUGCGCUGAAAAUGCACAAGCCUACUCCAGCGGAAGGCGAAACUGCAGAGUACUAUGAGCUUGCCCUUCAGGAACUUCCAUUGCACGACACGCCCCUAUGCUACAAGUGCGUGACGUCUGGCUCAGGCUCCGCAGACUCGGCGCCGGCGACGAUGAGAUCCGCCGCGGCGGAGAAGACGCAGUGCUUACUCAAGGUCUCAGUGAAGGGGACGGCAGGUCCAGUUUCAUCCGCAUUCCUUGCCGCGGCGUCGCCUACUUUCGGGGUUGGGUUUGUGGGCAUGAUGUUGCUCUACUCGGUGUAG